AUGAUUCCGAAUUUCUCCACAAAACCGAUGUACAACAAGUUGUUUGCGCUCGGAGUAACGAUGUAUGGUCAAAUGACAGCUGGUAGUUUUGCUUAUAUCGGCCCACAGGGCAUUGUCCAUGGAACAACGAUCACCAUCAUGAAUGCUGGACGACGGUAUUUGAAAGUGAACGAGCUGGCGGGCAAAGUAUUCGUCACAGCUGGUCUUGGUGGUAUGAGCGGUGCUCAACCGAAAGCGGCUUCUAUUGCUGGAUGUAUUUCUGUUACUGCUGAGGUUUACGGUGAAGCAUUAAUCAAACGGCAUAAACAAGGGUGGCUAGAUGAAUAUUCAACUGAUUUGAAUGAGAUUAUCGAACUGAUCAAAAAAUACCGCAAAGAGAAGAAGACAAGAAGCAUUGGAUACUUGGGAAAUGUCGUCGACUUAUGGGAGCGUCUCGCUGAAGAGCCCGAUAAUCUAGUAGACCUUGGAUCAGAUCAAACUUCUCUGCACAAUCCUUACUUGGGCGGCUAUUAUCCUGUUGGCAUCAGCGUUGAAGAAGCGAAUGUAAUGAUGACCGAAGAU